AUGUCAACUACCGCUAGAGCCUUAAUAUCUCAUAAUGCCUCUGUUGAGCUGAGAAUUACUUUAAAAAUAGUUCCUAAAUUGGACCUUCCCUCCCAGUCUAAUCCUCAAAUUUUCUUAUUAUUGCAAGAUUCACAGGGAAGUAGAUUGAUAAACCAUUCACACAAUAAAUUAGGACAUAUUGAAAAUGAACCUAAUUUCAGUUUUAUCCUCGAGUAUCGUUUUGAAGAAUUACAAAAUAUUAAAAUUGUUGUGGCUAACGGUGAUAAAUCUUUGAAUUUGGAAUCUCAAGGUUCAGCUCCGAAUGAGCAAGGACUCAUAGGAGAAUUUGUUACAGACAUAGGAUCUAUCCUAGGAAAGUCGAAAAGGAACCUUGAAGGAGAUCUUGUUUUAACGGAACGUUCUCGAGGCCAGAUUAGCAUUUCUGGCCGUGAACUUCCACCUAAAAAUGGUAAAUCACUUAAUUUAAAAGUUCAAGGUCUUAAUCUCCAACUACCGUCACUCGCUAAACCUGAUGUAUUUUAUAAGUUGAGUCGCAGAAUUAAAGGAAAUUCAGAUAUUAAUAGUGAUGUGAGAGUUCUUCAUGAAAGUGAAAGAUAUUAUUCUAGAAAUCCAGAUUGGUCUGUAAUAAAAUUAUCCGAAGGAGAUUUACUGAAUGGAGGAUCUAAUGAUGAGGUCUGUUUCACUUGUUGGCAACAUAAACGCGAUGGUAAUCAUAAGAGCAUUGGAGAGUGUGUGCUCAAAAUUGAUAAACUCUUGUCAUCAAAUAAAGUAAAUAAAGUUUCACUCACACCUAAAGGAGAAUUAUUGUUACAAUGUGCAUCUGAAAAAACAUUUCUUGGCUAUAUUGCAGGUGGUCUUGAAAUACGACUAAGUAUAGCAAUAGACUUUACAUCAUCCAAUAGACAUUAUAUAUACGGAGUUGAUUUACAUGAUAUUUCUUCUGACGAAACUAAUUAUGGACGCAUAAUUCGUUUUAUAGGAAGCGUUUUGGAAAGUUAUAGUACUGAUGGUCAAAUUCCAGUUUAUGGAUUUGGGGGUAAAUUUUAUGGAUCAGGGGAAGUCUCUCAUAACUUCCCUUUAAAUCAAAAGAAUCAUCAACCUGAAGUUUUUGGGAUUUCAGGAGUGCUUGAAAUUUAUAAAAAAGCAUUAGAAAAUGUAAUAUUAUUGAGGCCUUCCAAAUUCGCACCUACAAUUCAGUCUGCUAUUAACAGGUUGAAGUCACUUGCAGACGAUCCGAAAGUAUAUGAAGUUUUGCUCAUAAUUACAUAUGGAAUGAUAGAUGACAUGGAAUCAACUAUAGAAACAAUUAUGCAAGCUAGUGUCUUACCUCUCUCAAUUAUUAUUAUUGGUGUAGGUACAGCGGAUUGCAAGGAAUUAGCGGAUUUUAAAAGUUAUAACUGGGGAAAUUUAAAUCCACGAGAUAUAGUGCAAUUCGUUGCAAUGAAAGAUUUUGAAAAUCAAAACCAAAUAAAUAUAGAUUUACCGAAGGCGGUUUUAAAGAAAAUUCCAAGUCAAGUCAUGAAUUAUAUGUUACGGAAGGAAUUACCGUGA